AUGCUCGAAUCUCCCGACUCUCCGGUGGUUGUUUGGUCGCGGCCCCCUUCGCUACGGUCCCUCCGAACCGGGAAGCGAGUGGUACCUGGUCAGUACGUACUCGAUGAGCCCGACACUCUCUGCGUGCUCCCUUCUUCGAUGCGUCUCGUGUGCUGUGUCCUCACUCUUCUCCUCAUUCUCUCCCUCAUCGCCGCCAUUCUGAACAGCCUUCAAACCAGUUCCAAUGGGUCGGUCAGUUACUGCAAAAAGCCGGAAGAGCCGUUCCGUCCCAGUGUUCUGUAA